AUGAUCUUGCAUUCCGCACAGACCCAGGGCAAGGCUGCGAUGGUGAGGGGUCUGGGAGGGGCCGAGACCCCGGCAUAUGAGGUCGCGGUCACCUUGACCCUGGGGAAGGCCCCCCCGUUCCAAGCCAUGGUCCUAGCAGUGGCCAUCGGGGAAUACAUCCUGGGCAUCGACGUCCUACGGGGUCGCUUGGUGGAUACACAGUAUGGCCUGUUUGCAUUUGGUCACCCCCGGUAUGUAAGUGCGGCGCGGGUGCGGGAGGUACGGACACUGAUGAUCUUGCGGGGUGCCCCGCGUUGGGAGCCGGUAGUGCUGCCCCUCCCAACAGCCAUAGUCUCCAAGAAGCAGUAUCGCCUGCCGGGGGGAGAAGAGGAAAUAACCCAAACGAUUGACGCAUUGUUGGAGACCCAGAUAAUCCGGCCCACCUUAAGUCCAUAUAACAGCCCCAUCUGGCCGGUGCGGAAGCCCGACGGGACGUGGCGCAUGACAGUAGACUACCGGGAAUUGAACAAGGUGACCCCCCCGCUGACCGCUGUAGUGCCCGACAUGGUUACUUUGGUCGAGCAUGUCGCGGCCGCGGCCCAGCCAUGGCAUGCCGUAUUGUAUUUGGCUAAUGCCUUCUUUUCCAUAGCCAUCGCCCCGAGCUGCCAGGAACAGUUUGCAUUCUCCUGGCAAGCACAGCAGUACACCUUCUGUGUGCUGCCACAGGGUUGGAAGCAUUCCCCAACCAUAUGCCAUCAGUUAGUCAGUGCUGAUUUGGCCCAAGUUCAGUGGCCACCCCAGACCCGCCACUAUCACUAUAUUGAUGAUGUCAUGAUCUCUGGCCCCUCCCGCGAGGCAGUGGCUGACGCCCUGCAUGCUGCCGUGGAGGGCCUGUAGGCGAGGGGCUGGGCAGUGAACCCAAAAAAGAUACAAGGACUGGCCCAGACUGUGGUUUUCUUGGGCAUCCUGUGGGCGGGGCCAGAGCGCCAGAUCCCCCAGAAGGUACGACAAACAAUACAGAGCUAUCCCACGCCGCAGACCAAAAAGGAGCUACAGGCGUUCCUUGGCUUACUGGGAUUUUGGUGCGCCUUCAUUCCCCACUUGGCCUUUUUGAUGCGGCCUCUGCAUGCACUAGUGCGCAAGGCCGCGCCCUGGCAGUGGACGCACAGUCAUCAGACCGCCUUUGAGCUAUGCAAAGACGCCCUGCUUACGCAUGCCCGGCUUCACGCCCCACAGCCGGGGGUCCCCUUUGAGUUGGAGGUUACUACGGUGGCAGACGUAGCCUCCUGGGGACUCUGGCAGGCAGUCGGGAGCCAACAGAAAGAACCGAUUGGCUUCUGGUCCCGGGCGCUGAAGGGGGCGGAGCCCGGCUAUACGCCCUUAGAGAAACAAAUCCUGGCAGUGGUAUGGGCGUUGCAGGACACCGAGCGUAUUACGAGCCCUACGCCCGUGGUAGUCCGCACGCCCAUUCCCCUAGGGCGUUGGGUGAGGGAGGACCCUGCCCAGACUCAGACCGGGGUCGCUCAGAAUGCUACCCACUUUAAGUGGAAGCACUAUUUGCAGCAGCGCAUGUUGCUCGGCCGGCCCUCCAUUUCCACCCCCCAUGUUGUGUUACUGGGGGCGGUUACCUUUGAGCAUGUGCCCUCUCUUACGGACGAGCUGCCACCGGUGGAUGAGCCCGUGCCCACCUCCCCGGUGGGAGAGGCACCCCCCAUGGAUCAAUUGCCCGUAGAAGACCGAGAAUAUGCCUGGUUCACUGACGGAUCAGCGGCAUACACCGCUCAUGGUACUCGGCAAUGGACAGCGGUAGCAUAUGCCCCCUAUGCAGAUGUGGUGGCGAUGGCCUGGGGCACUGCUGGCUCCAGUCAGUGGGCGGAGCUCCGGGCAGCUACGCUUGCAAUUGCAGAGUCCCUGCCCCGGUCAUACCUUUAUACGGACAGUUGGGUUGUGUACAAAGGCCUUCGAGCCUGGGGACCGCUUGGGAGGCCAAAGGGUGGGAAUUGGCGGGCCGACCCCUGUGGGGGGCUGGCCUAUGGCAGCAACUUCUCGACUACGCCCGACAGGCCCCCCUGGCCGUGCGGCAUGUCGACACCCACACCAAAGCCCAAACUGAUGAGGCUCGGUGGAAUGCAGCCGCGGACGACUUGGCCCGAGGGGAAGUCGUCCAACUGGCCGAGCGGUACCACGAGGAGGGGGGCCACCGGGGAGCUCGGGCUACACAGUAUGCGCCCCUACGGCAAGGCACGGCUCUACUCCUAUCGGCCUGCCGUACGGCUCGGGCGGGCUGCCCGAUUUGUUCCCGGCUAG